AUGGCGCAACUCCCGCCCUACCUCGUCCGGAUUGUGGCGACGAUGUUGACGCAAGCGCUCACGCGAAAACUCGCCAACUCGCCGCUAUUCUUCCGGAUCGUCGAUCGAAUGAUCCACGAGAUCGAUCACAUGCCGCACCGCGUGCAGGGCCGUCAAGUGCCGACAUAUCAGCCGCCAUUAGGAAUGCGAGAGAGCGAGUGGGACCAGGAUCAUGGGGAACCGCAUAAUGAGCCGUCACCGUUUCCCGUCGCGAAAGGCAAGCAAGCCGGAGCGGAAGGGGCGCAAGGGGAACAGAAGAUGACCUUCGAAGAGGCACAAAGACAUCGCGCAAGGAUGUCGUACCAGCAAUCGCAGAGGUUGGCGCAGAGGCAAAGGGAGAAGGCCAAAGCUGAGCAGCAGACGCAGAAGCAGGAUACGGUUUCGAACGAGUUGAAGGAGUUGCAGGACAAACUGAGGGAGCUUCGGAAUAAGUCCUGA